CCUCUCUCUGUCGGCGGAUUGUUGUUGUCAUCAAGAUGGAGUUCUUGUUGGGGAAUCCGUACAGCACUCCUGUUGGCCAGUGCAUUGAAAAAGCCACAGAUGGCUCCCUGCAGAAUGAAGACUGGACACUCAACAUGGAGAUCUGUGACAUCAUUAAUGAGACCGAGGAAGGGCCUAAAGAUGCCAUGCGCGCGGUGAAAAAGAGACUCAACGGCAACAAGAACUUCCGUGAAGUGAUGCUGGCUCUAACCGUGCUGGAGACUUGCGUGAAAAACUGCGGCCACCGUUUUCACGUCCACGUCGCCAACAGAGACUUCAUCGAAGGUGUCUUGGUGAAGAUCAUCACUCCGAAGAACAACCCUCCUGCUAUAGUACAGGACAAAGUGCUGUCACUGAUUCAGGCUUGGGCAGAUGCGUUCAGGAGUAGCCCAGACCUCACUGGAGUCGUGCACAUUUACGAGGAGCUGAAGAGGAAAGGAAUUGAGUUUCCCAUGGCAGACCUGGACGCUUUAUCACCAAUCCACACACCACAGCGGGGAGUCCCAGAAGUAGAUCCAGGCACACACAAGUACAAAGCGCCCACGCAGGCCAACACGGCGUCUCAGACGGCUCCUAAACCUGCAGCUGCUGCAACAGCUGACUUCAACCCCACUCAGGUCCCAGCUGUAGCAGGACCCAUCACAGCAAACCCAGAGCAGAUCGCAAGGCUGAGAAGUGAGCUGGAUGUUGUGCGUGGGAAUAUUAAAGUGAUGUCAGAGAUGCUGACGGAGAUGGUGCCGGGCCAAGAAGACGCCUCUGAUCUCGAACUACUCCAGGAGCUGAACAGGACAUGUCGAGCCAUGCAGCACAGGGUAGUGGAGCUCAUCUCUCGUGUUUCCAACGAAGAGGUCACUGAAGAGCUGCUACACGUCAACGAUGAUUUAAACAACAUCUUCCUGCGCUUCGAGAGGUAUGAGAGAUACAGAGUUGGCAGAUCAGCACAAAACAACGGGGUCCUGAAUGAGGCUUCAGCGGAGGAUAAUCUAAUAGAUCUGGGUCCUGCUUCUCCAGCGGUGGUCACUCCUCGGGUCAGCACUACACCCACUCGAACACCCACAUCCACCCUGCAGCCUCCUGCUCCUGCUGCUCCUGCUGCUGCUGCUGCUGCUCCUCCUGCUGCCGCCGCUGCUGCAUCUCUCUCCACACAGCUGGCAGGACUCAAUGUGGGUGCAGACAGCGUCAGCGGCACUCUCAGCACUCUGACCGCUCACAACCCUCAGGACGACUUUGACAUGUUCGCCCACACCAGGUCCAGCUCUCUGGCUGACCAGCGCAAAAACGUUAAAUAUGAGGAACCUCAGGCUCUGGUGGGUCUGGCGUCUGCUUUAGACAUCAGACAGCAAAAUGCCACUGGGCCGAAUGUAAAAGGUCCUAACGCUGAGCUGGAGCCCAUAGACAGCUGGCUCAUUACCCAAGGAAUGAUCCCCGUAUCGCAGUCCUCUGUCAUGGAUGACAUUGAGGAGUGGCUCUGUGCUGAUGUGAAAGGUGAAGAGGCCGAGGAAGGAGUCACGAGCGAAGAGUUCGACAAGUUUUUAGAGGAGCGGGCCAAAGCUGCAGACAAGGCUUUACCGUUGGCCCCCGCCGGAGAGCCCAGACCUCCCGUGAGCAUGUCUAGCAGCAACCGCAGGAAGACACAACAGACGGAGGACAAUCUCUUUGCCUUGUAGAACAGUGACAGGACAGAUGCUCUCGUGGGUUCAGCCCAGUGACCGUACCAUUUUCCCUCCAGCGCUUCACCUUCCAAACGCUUGCUGUUCCUUUACAAACCUACUGAUGUUAUAUGGCAGCGAGACCCCUGUCUAAUAUUUCCCGCCUGAUAGAGCACUGUGAGAAUCCAGCUUAUAACCGCAACCUUUGAGCUGAACGGCGCAGUCAAGCGAUGGCUUAAGCAAACAUGUAGCUGAAAUAAUUCUCACAUUUUUCAUUCCUGUCAAAUAACAGUCAAAAUAGAGCUGGUUUCGUGUUUAUCGUUCACUAACACUCUUAAAGUCAUUCCGUAAGGUUACCGUUCUGUGAGGUAUUCACGUGGGACAGUUCUUCUGUAGUGGUGACUCAACUAUGGAUUGUGACUCAAUCUGUCUCCAUGCCAAACAGAGCAGGAAAAUGUUAGAUCUUAAUCAAGCGUAGGAGCGCAGAGACAGUGGGCCACGCUGCUCGUUAUUGGCUGUGUCAUGUUUAUGAGGCUCUGGUGAAGAAAAAUAGUUACAUUCUUGUAAUCAUCAUGUGCGAUGUACCAAAGACAGAAGAAUAUGUUUUCCAUCGAUUAAAGGGUUUUGUAAAAAUAUGUUGACUCUUUCCAAAGAGUUGAGGUUGGCUAAAGCAUUACAACCUGUUUAAACGGCACCGUUUGAGGGCAUUUUAUUAUAUUAUUAGAGAAUUUAGUAAUCCAGAAAUACAAAACAAAAAUCUUAAUUUUGUUAAUGACUAUAAUUUGAUGGAACAGGCUCAGUUAAAAACAAAUGUCAUAUUUCAUCCCAAAAUCAAAGGAAAUAUAAAAUAUUUUGGUAGCACUUUACAAUAAGGUAUCAGUUGUUAACAGUAGUUAAUGAAUUAGUUAACAUGAACGAACAUUGAACAAUACAUUUUUAAGAUGGCUUGAGAAAGCUGAUCUACUAUUUAAGCGCAUUAUUAUUGUUCUAAGCCAAAUUUGAACACCUGUCUCCUCCUAGAGCGUUGAAGCUACAAGCACCAAUCUCAGGUCAGACCUUCAGACUAUUCUUUUCCAACUGAUCCAACUUUCAGUUUUGAAGAACCAGACUAUCAAAACUACCCAAAAUCCCAUAAACUUUCAUUGAGGGGGUGAAAACUUUUGCACAAUGAGACUUACGGUGUAUGUAAGGUGUCUACUGCUAUAGCAAAGCUUAACAACCUACUAAAAAACAGCUAAAACCAGCCUGAGCUGAUUGGCUGCUUUGGCUGGUCUACCAGGCUGGUUUUAAAGUGGUUUGAAGUUGCUUAAGCCAGCUAUUACCAGCUUUUACCAGCUAAGACUAGACAAAUCACGUUAAAAACAUGCUAGUUAGAAAAAUGCUAGCAACCUGUCUAAAACAUGCUAAUCAUGCUAAGAACGUGUUAACAAUGUGCUAACAACAUGUUUAAACAUGUCAGCAACAUUCUAAUGAUGUUAGAAACAUGUUAUAAACAUGCUAAUCAUGUUAGACACAUGCUAGAAACAUAUUAGCAACAUGCUAAUAUGUUAUAAAGAUGCCAACAACAUGAUAGCAACAUGCUAAUCACGUUACAAUUUUGCUAACAACAUCCCAGAUAGCACACGUACGUCUGCAAGAUGUCAGUUAAAGAUCAGUUGAUCUGGAAAGCAUCUGCUGUGUACAAACAUCUGACGGAUGUCUGUAAGAUGUCAGUUUUACAUACAUUCUAAAUCAUAAACAUCUUAAAGACAUCUAAUAGACGUCUGUUUGACAUCUGAUAGGAAACAUCCAAUAGACGUAUUGCAGAUGAGCAAACACUCUAAAAAAAAUACGUCUUGCAGACGUCUCUGUGAUGUACGUGUGCUAUCAGUGAUGUUAGCAACAUCUCUCAAAUCCAUCUGUCUAAAGUUUUAAACUUCAAGCUUUUACAGCUGCUUCAAACAUUCAGGCUUGGCUUUCUCAAGCCAACUUCAACUAAUUCAAAAGUUAUACUCUUAAAAAUGUUUACACCAGCAGUGUUUAAACUUUUCAGAGCAGUUAACCUACAAAAAAUUAUUUAUAGUUAACUCGAUUAAAGGAGAAGCCCACUUCCAGAACAACAAUUUACAAAUAAUUUACUCACCCUCUUGCCAUCUGUCUUCAGUCGUAAAGAAAUUAUGGUUUUUGAGGAAAACAUUUCAGGAUUUUUCUCCAUAUAAUGGACUUCACUGGUGCCCCGAUUUUGAACUUCCAAAAUGUAGUUUAAAUGCAGCUUCAAAGGGCUCUAAACAAUCCCAGCCGAGGAAGAAGGGUCUCAUCUAGUGAAACGAUCAUUUUUUUUUUCAAAAAAUAAAAAUUUGUAUACUUUUUAAGCACAAAAGCUUGUGUAGCACAGGUUCUGGGAUGCGUGUUCACGAUGCUACGAAUUAGUGCGGGGUCGUUCUUGAACAAUUCGUUCAUUUUUAACGAAUCUUUAAUGUGACUCAGGAAGAACGAGAUUCGUUCAGUCACUCAUGCGCAACAUCCUAUUAGGUUCUGUACUGGAAUUAGUUCACCUGUUUCGAGUCUUUGGGUGUUUCGAGUGAUUCGUUCAUUUUAUGGAGCUGUCACGUGAUGCUGAUUUUGCUAAAAUUAACGAAAUGACUUAAAAAAAGAUUUGUUCAUUUUGCUGAACGAGACUCAAAGGUCAGAGUCGGUAAAAUGAUCCGAACUUCCCAUCACUACUACAAGUUCAUAGUCUGUGUACUCUGACUCAAAAAGCUACAGUAUAUCGAAAAACUCAAUCUUAUUUUCUCCUACAACUUCAGAAUUGUCUGACAUUGUUGUACCUUUUUGUUUGUAAACAGCGUUUGACUUGCUUGCACUUUUUUAGUCUUUGCACGUUCGCUUUGUAAACACUGGGUCUGUGGUUCCACCUAUGUUCCGCGUGACCUUUCGACGUGAUUCAACAGUACGUAGUGUCGUGAACACGCAUCCCAGAGCCUGUGCUACAUGAGCUUUUGUGCUUAAAAAGUAUACAAAUUUUUAUUUUAUUCAAAAUCGAGCCACCAAUGAAGUCCAUUAUAUGGAGAAAAAUCCUGAAAAAAAAACAUAAUUUCUUCACAACUGAAGACAGAAAGACAUGAACAUCUUGGAUGACAAGGGGGUGAGUACAUUAUUUGUGAAUUGUUUUUUCUGGAAGUGGACUUCUCCUGUAACUUUUAGCUUACCUACAGACUACAUAUUUAAACACAUAUAAACUGUUUUCUUUUGUUUUUGGGGUAUAUGAAUAUGACAAACUUUUCUUUAUAUGAUUCACCCACUUGCUAUUUAAGGAUUAAUUUCAGUUAAACUGGCACAUUUGGUAGUAAAGAUAUAAAUUGAAUGGAUAUUUUGCUUUGUUCUUUGCUAGACCUAACCAAGAAUUAUAUUAGCCUAAUGGCAUUUGUAAAAUAUGUAUCCAUACAUAUACAUGUGUAUAUACAAUAGGAAAGUGUGUAUAGUACUUAAAGUUUGUAUUAACUGGUGUAAAAUGUAAAUGUUUAAUCGCGUCCCUCUUUUUUUUGAGAUUUCCAUGUGGUUUCAGGGCUUCGUCGGUGGGUUUCAUUCCAGUCACUAACAGCUGCACCGUACAGCUCGUCAUUUGAAUUGAAUUGCUAAAUAUUGCACUGCUAUCUUCCCAACAACAUGAGGAAGAUGUUCACUUCAGUCUUAUAUGUAUAUAACGUAACUGCAGCUAGAUCAAGCAUGAUGCAUUUUUACACUCGAAGACCUCAAAUGCUAAAUGUCUAAUGAUGGGAAGGGCUUAAAGUUUCAUUUACUCCCCCUAAAUCUGUAAAUCAACAAUUUAAAUGUGUAAAAACACUGGAGGGCCGUAUGCUUUACUCAGACAUAAGGCGAAAGUCACUGUGGUUUUGAUCGAAAUUAAAUUGCAGCAUGUUCAGAAAUCAAUAAAGAUCUGAUUUCUUAACCAA